UUCUUCCACACUGUGCCCUACGUUUCUCACUCAGUGAGCUGUUGACACGAAGGAAAGAGAACAAUGUGGAAAGCAGCAGUGUUUGCGUUCCUGCUGCUAAACAUGUUUAUGCAGGUGAAUGGUGCUGUGGAUACGACGAGGAAGUCCGCGGCAGAAAACUCCAGGCCAGUGAAGAAUGUGAAGACAGAAGUGGGUGAAGGUUCCAACACCAUUCCUGCAAGUGGCACUGCGUCUCCCGGUUUCUUGGGUAAAUUGCUGGUGGUACCCAUGGAUGGGAGUCACUGGGUGGGCGUGAAGGCCCUCGCACAAGAAAUGGGUCGACGUGGACACCGGGUCACGGUUGUGAUACCAGAGGUCAGCGUGCGGAUGGGUCCAGGGAAACACUACGAGACUGUGACCUACCCUGUUCCUUAUGACAAGGCUUAUAUUGAUUCUGUCAUGGCCUCACACAUGGAUGUGUUGAAAAAAUCAGCGCAGUCUUUCACAGAGAAGAUAAAAAGUCGAUUCGCACAAAUCCAGAAGAUCACAGGCUUAAUCCAUACUGGUGCUGAAAGUCUACUGUUCAAUGACAGUCUCAUCUCACAUCUGGCACAGCAGGACUUUGACGCCGUCCUAACAGACCCCAUGGUGCCCACAGGCUCAUUAAUAGCUCGGAAAUUAGGUCUCCCCACUAUUAAUCUCCUGAGGGGAAUUCCUUGUUCCAUGGAUGUGAAGUCCGCGGGCUGCCCCUCGCCGCCCUCAUACGUGCCUCGCUUCUUCACCGGGUACACGGAUAGAAUGAGCUUCAAGGAGAGGACUAUCAACACUUUGGUGGCUUUCCUGGAGCCACUGAUGUGCCGACUGCUGUACUGGCACUUUGACAACAUAGCCUAUCAGUUCCUGGGAGAGGAGGUGGGCAUAGCUGAAGUGCUGUCCGAGUCUGCUAUCUGGCUGAUGAGGACUGACCCCAUACUGGAGUUCCCACGCCCUCUCAUGCCCAAUAUGGUGCCUGUUGGUGGAAUCAACUGCAACGUGAGAAAUCCUCUUCCCGAGGACUUGGCGUCCUGGGUGUCAGGAGAGCAUGGGUUCAUAGUGUUCACUCUGGGCACCAUGGUGUCAGAAAUGCCUGAAGAAACGACUUCCGUCUUCCUGGAAGCCUUCAGACAGAUUCCACAGAAGGUAAUAUGGAGGUACACUGGACAGGUUCCAGGCGGUGUCCCAGAAAAUGUGAAGAUAAUGGAAUGGGUGCCUCAGAACGACCUGCUGGCACAUCCUGGAGCUCGGGCUUUCAUCACCCAUGCCGGCUCACACGGUCUCUUUGAGGGACUGUGCCACGCUGUUCCCAUGGUGAUGGUGCCGAUCUCGGGGGACCAGCCGGACAACGCACAGAAGAUGGCUAGCAAAGGUGUGGGAGUGGUGUUGGACAUUGUUUCCAUCACUACAGAGAGCCUUCUUCAGGCACUGAACGACGUCUUGAGUGACACCAGGUACAAAGUGAACAUUCAGAAGCUGUCAGCUCUCCAUAACGACCGUCAAACUGAUCCACUUGAGCUUUCUGUGUACUGGACAGAAUUUGUGAUGCGGCACAAAGGAGCAAAACAUCUCCGAUCUGCUGUCCACGACCUCAACUGGAUCCAGUACUUCUGUCUGGAUGUAAUAGUGCUGCUGACUACUGUAGUCCUGAUUUUUGUGAUACUGACGGUAAAAUGCUUGAAGCUAUGCCUCCGGAAACUGGGCAGGAAGCGGAAGCAGGAUUGAUCUGGUGCCAUAUGUUCACCUUCAUCUCAGCAGUACUACUGUAUGUUAAAGGGACAGUCCACCCUAAAAUCAAAAACACUUUUUUCCUCUUGUAGCGCUAACUCUUGCUGAGUUUUGGAGAUAUUGGGCAUAGAUGUGUCUUUUUUUCCUCUUAUCUUUAUAUAUAAACGGAACUACAGCUGACAAUCCAAUGAAAUACAUUUGAAAAACUGAACAGCAACAAAUCUUUCAAGAAAUCAUGACCCGCCAUUUUCAAGAUGAUCGACAGACCUUUUUGUGAGAAGUUUCAUGUUGGAACUGUUUUCUUUCUACUGAACUCGUGCUCUCAACAGGGCUCCUUAGCUGAGCUUUAAUGUCAGUUAGCUUUGUUUGCUAGCCUCUAACCCAUGAACAGAUGCAUGCUUGUGAUGAGGUUGGUGGAUGUUGUUUGCUAGAAAAAAAAAGGUCCUACAUGAAACUGACCGCAUCAUGAAUUCUGGAGAAAGAAGUUGCUUUUGAGUUAUUAAAAGUAGAAGGCUAGUUUUCUUA